AUGAGUAGUUCAGAUAGAAUUGAACUUUCGAUUGAUCCCGGAACUUGGGAUCCUCUGGAUAAAGAUAUGAUAUCUAUAGACCCCAUUGAUUUUCGUUCAAAAGAGGAACCUUAUGGAGAUCGUAUCGAUUCUUAUCAAAGAAGGACAGGUUUAGCUGAUGCUAUUCAAACAGGCAUAGGUCAAAUAAAUGGUAUUCCCGUAGCAAUUGGCGUUAUGGAUUUUCAGUUUAUGGGAGGUAGUAUGGGAUCCGUAGUAGGCGAGAAAAUUACUCGUUUGAUCGAGUAUGCUACUAAUCGAUCUCUACCUGUCAUUAUUGUGUGUGCUUCUGGAGGAGCACGCAUGCAAGAAGGAAGUUUGAGCUUGAUGCAAAUGGCUAAAAUAUCUUCUGCUUCAUCUAAUUAUCAAUCAGAUAAAAAGUUAUUCUAUGUAUCAAUUCUUACAUCUCCUACAACUGGUGGAGUAACAGCCAGUUUUGGUAUGUUGGGGGAUAUCAUUAUUGCUGAACCUAACGCCUACAUUGCAUUUGCGGGUAAAAGAGUAAUUGAACAAACAUUAAAAAAGGUAAUACCUGAAGGUUCACAAGUGUCUGAGUAUUUAUUCCAUAAAGGUUUAUUCGACCCAAUAGUACCACGUAAUCUUUUAAAAGGUGUUCUGGGUGAGUUAUUUCAGCUCCACGGUUUCUUUCCCUUGAAUCCAAGUUCAAAAAUGUAA